CGUCAGCAGUGCCACGUCAGCAACAUGACGGGCCUGCCAGGCCAACUGGCCAAUGAGCCCAUUGCCGACUACAAAAAGCGCUUCCAGGCUCAGCUCGCUGUAAUCGAGGCUGAGGAACAACGCCAGCUGGCAGCCAAGGCUACCCAGCUACAGGCUGACGAAGCGGCAGCAGCAGAGAAGCUGCGGCUACAGGCCGAAGCAGACGCAGAUGCCCAGGCUCGCCGCAAGGAAGCCCAGGAUCUGCUGCUGCGGCAUGAAGCCAACAGCAUCGAGAGACUCAAGUACUGGCACUUUGAACCGAACGGCGACGAGGCAACACCAGAAGAGCAGCAUAAGGAGUUCAUGGCCAAGCUAGUGACCAGCAGUGCAUCCUCUAGCCGCCAACUGGAGGAACGCGUUGACCACGUAGUGGCAAUGCUCGGCGACAUCAGCACCUUCACUGCGCCGACCACCAUCAGCAGUCAGCUGCAUACCUUGAAGACCGAGUUCCAGCAGUUGCAGUCGACGAACACGGAUGGCAAUCCUAAGUUGUACAAGAUGCCAACUUUCCAACUGGACAAGUUCGACAACUACACGCAGCAGGAUCCGGUCCUCUGGUGGGAAGCAUUCACGACGCAACUUCGGAUUUUGCCUGUCGCUAAGCAUGCGUACAUCGGCGCCCUGUUCAUGAACUCAAAGGGCGGAUGCCAGAUCUGGUUGACCCACCUGGCAACCUCUCACGGCGUCGACGUACCGGACUUGAAGGACAAGAUCACAUGGGAGGAACUGACACGACUGUGGAAGAAGCGGUUCAUCGUCGACGACGCACCAUCAACCGUCUGUUCACCAUGUCACAGGGCAACACCGCAACACGGGAUUGGCUCACGGAGUGGCAGAAGAUUGCGGCAGUGCCCAAUCUGGACUUGCCAUUCACGCAUUUACGCCCUGAGUUCUACAACAGGUGGCUGCUGUCCAGCCGCGAAGCAACAACAAGUCCCGCAACAAUGGGAAGGCGAAAUCCGCAUCACAGGCCGGAAAUGGACAGCCAGUACAAUUUCCAUGGGUCAAGUUBGGCUUGACCGAGGCGGAGUACAAGGUCCGCGGCCGCUACGGCAGCCGCUAUUGGUGCAACAGCACCAAGCACAAGACCUCCCUGUGCCAAGAUCAGGGCAAGGAGGAUGUGCGACCCCGCCUCAACUCGAGAAACUAAGUUCCACGGAAGGUGAGGCGACUCCACCUUCUACUCCGCCAGAUUCGGCCGCCUUGCUAGCGGCCUCCCACACAUCUGGGGAGGAUGCGAAUGUCGCAGGUUCUCGUUACACUUACGAGGACUAUGCUGUCCACUUGGUUCCACCGCUGGACCAACCGCUCCACGUGCAACAAUCUACCGCAUGCACGGUUUCAUCACCAUCGGCAACCGAUUCGGCAGCUUCGCCGCCAUCUAUCACCGGGGAUUCAUCGUCGUGGUCAAGACUUGAGGUGCUCGACCCACUGACGUUCACGGACUUCCAGUGGAUGCCCAUUCCCCCGAGCGGACGAUUGUCGAAACCGCAUUGCAAUGUGCUCAUGGCACAACUGCGGGAUCACUUGCACACUGCAGGACCAGCUCCGUUGAUGGACGUCGGAGUAGAGGUUGUCGACCUUCACGCUUACACUGCGAAGAUCGACCGCGAGUUCAAGAUGCAACGGUACGACGACAUCGACGCACCAUUGCUAUAUGUACGCAUUCAGAUCGGAGAAGCGACCUGCAACGCCUUGAUCGAUUGCGGAGCAUCUCGCAACUACAUCAGCCAGGACUUCAUGGUGCGCGUCGGCCUUGGCCCACGUGUCCGGAGGAAGUCCCAGCCUACGCAAGUCACGUUGGCGGACGGUCACACGCACAAGUCAAUCGACCGGUGCAUUGACAACGUCCCAGUGUACUUUGCCCCUCACGCAAGUGAGGCGGUGUCCUUUGACAUUCUGGACACCAAAUUUGACAUGAUCUUGGGCAUGUCAUGGCUGCGAAGCGAGGAUCACCCGGUGAAUUGCUUCCACCGCACCGUUCACAUUCGUGAUCGGAACGGAGUACUAGUUCCAUGCACGGUGCCUCUUCCUCAUCCUUCGAUCACCUGCCACGUGGUAUCCGCCACAAGCAUGCGAGCUUCCAUCAUCACAGACGACAUCGAGGAGAUGGGGGUAUGUUUUCUCCACGCCCUCCCGCCCCAUGACGCUUCAUCGACGGACUCACCUUCGGAUCCACGCAUCACCGAGCUUCUCGACGCCUACAGCGACGUGUUCGAAGGCCCGCACGGAGUAGUACCGGAUCGACCCAUCCGCCACGAGAUCAUCCUCGAGGACGGGGCCGUACCUCCGCGCGGUUGCAUCUACCGAAUGAGCGAGGAAGAGUUAAGUGUGCUUCGGGCACAACUCGACGACCUUCUGGAGAAAGGUUGGAUUCGGCCUAGCUCAUCGCCAUACUGUGCUCCUGUUCUCUUCGUCCGGAAGAAGAACAAGGAUUUGCGGUUGUGCAUCGAUUAUCGCAAGCUCAACGCGCAGACGAUCAGAAACGUCGGCCCUUUCCCACGCAUCGACCACCUUCUCGAGCGACUGGGCGGCGCCAAGUUCUUCUCCAAGCUCGAUCUCAAGUCGGGAUAUCACCAACUCGAGAUUCGCAAGGAGGACCAUUACAAGACCGCGUUUAAGACGCGAUAUGGGCAUUUCGAAUGGCUGGUUAUGCCUUUUGGCCUUACCAAUGCCCCGGCCACUUUCCAAGCGGCUAUGACAACGGAGUUCCGACACAUGCUGGAUCGAUACGUAUUUAUCUACCUCGACGACAUCCUGGUGUACAGCCGGAGUUUGGAGGAGCAUGUGGAACACCUGUGCACCAUUUUGGAGCGGCUACGACAAGCCAAGUACAAGGCCAACCGCGACAAGUGCGAAUUCGCACGACAGGAGCUAGAGUACUUGGGACAUUAUGUGACGCCGCAAGGCAUCCGUCCGCUUGCGGACAAGAUCGAGGCCCUACGAGUAUGGCCCGAGCCCACCAACACCACGGACGUUCGUUCAUUCAUGGGGUUGGCGGGCUACUAUCAGCGAUUCAUCACCGGAUACUCACGGAUUGCUGCACCUAUGACGCGACUACAAUCGCCAAAGGUGCCAUUCGUAUUCGAUGACGACGCACGUCGGUCAUUCCAAGCACUUAAGAUGGCUAUGCUCAUGGCACCCGUCCUCAGCAUCUACGACCCCACCCUGCCUACGAGCGGCAUUGGGGCAGUCUUGGAACAGCACGACGGCGACGACUGGCACCCUGUGGAGUAUUUCAGCCACAAAGUGCCUCCCAUCAACUCGCUUGAUGAUGCAAGGAAGAAGGAGCUGCUCGCGUUCGUCAUGGCUCUCAAGCGAUGGCGGCACUUCCUCCUUGGGCGUCGUAGGUUCACAUGGGUCACAGACAACAACCCAUUGACCUACUACAAGACGCAGGAUACGGUGAGCAGCACGAUCGGGCGAUGGAUGUACUUCAUCGACCAGUUUGACUUCUCACCAAAACAUCUUCCCGGCCUCUCAAAUCGCGCAGCAGAUGCACUCUCGCGAAGACCUGAUCUUUGCGCUAUGACACAUCAUGCCUUCGCAUUCGACGAGGAGCUUCAGCGACACUUCAUCCGGGCAUAUGAGUCUGAUCCGGACUUCGCCACGCUGUAUGCACAGCUAUUUUCGGAUCACCCGCCGGCCAGCCACUAUCGCAUUGCCGACGGGUACUUGCUCCUCCACUCGAGAGGCAAGAACUUACUAUGUGUCCCACGCGACCGCCGUCUUCGGACUCGCCUCCUCGGCGAGUAUCAUGAUUCUCGACUCGCCGGCCAUUUCGGCGUCAACCGCACUAUUGCACGGCUUCGACAGCGAUUCCGAUGGCCCGAUCUCAUUACCGAUGUCACUCAGUAUUGCGACUCUUGCGAAGUUUGCCGACGCAGCAAGCCCCACAACCGCAAUCCCUACGGCGAGUUACGCCCGAUGCCUAUCCCACGGGAACCUGGUCUCUCCAUUGCCAUGGACGUCACCGGUCCGUUUCCCCGCGACAGGCUCGGGCACGACGGCAUCCUCAUGGUGGUGGACCGAUUGAGUAAGUAUGUGUGUUUUCUUCCUUGCAAGUACUACUCCACGGCUCCCGAGCUGGCACGCCUCCUGCACACUGGUUGGAUUUGUGGCCACGGUGUACCAGAAGACAUUGUCAGCGACUGCGACACUCGCUUCAUGUCGGCAUUUUGGACUGCUCUCAUACAGGAGUCCGGCACGAAGAUGAAACCAAGUUCGGCUCGGCAUCCACAGACGGACGGGCAAACGGAGCGGGCACAUCAAACCGCUCAAAUGAUGCUUCGUACGCUCAUCCGUCCGGACCAGAAAGAUUGGGUUGACCGCCUCCCCGACAUCGAGUUCGCCUACAACACUUCGAUGCAUCUGGCGAUCGGCGUGACUCCAUUCGAGUUGCACCACGGUGGACGGAAAGGCCGGAUCUUCGCCGACCUUCUCCUCCCUCGACCAGCCGACAUUGACGCUGCCUGCUCUCCCGCUUCCAUCUGGAAGUACAGGGAAUUGCUGACUCAAGCCCGCGCAAACAUGCAAAAGGCUCAAGUCCGCAUGCAGCAGCARGCCAACAGGCGUCGCGUACCAUGUCCCAUCCGCGCCGGUGAUCUGGUUUGGGUCUCCGCGGAAGAGUUUGCACUGGAACAGGAUGUUUCACGCAAACUGCUUCCCAAGUGGUUUGGACCUUGGUCUGUGACAGCAGCCGCGGGCGAUGAGCCCGAUGGCCCUUCAUUUGUGAUCAACAUUCCAGAGCAUCUGACGGUCCAUCCGGUCUUCCACGCCUCGAAGCUUGCAACAUACAUGCCAGCCAAGAGCGACGACUUUCCGGGCCGAUGAUCGCAGGACUCUCCUUCUAUGGAUGGUCAUCAGGAAGUUGACCGCGUCAUCACCGAUC